AUGGGGAAGACCACUGGUGGGAGAUCAGCAAAAACCCGUUUUAAAUCACAAAGUCAACAGGGGCCUUCCAGCAAUAAAAAAGGAACAGGUGGAGAAAGAAGAAAACAAGGUCAAAAAAGACAGGAAGUCGCUCAGACAGUCAAAAGGAAAGCUGAGGAACAAAGGGACUAUUCCCCUGGAGGAGAAAAUGGUUCUUCAAAAAGGAUGAAGCUAUCCAGUGCUACAGUAGGAUCUUGGCAGACUCUCUCCGAGAGCAGUAGACAGUUUCUGGAAACUAUAGUGGAUUCAGCAGUACUAUCUGUUUUGUGCCAACAAAGGCAGAGCAAAUAUGAUGUUCAGAAGCACCUCAAUGUACUGAGAAAAGGGAUACUGAAAGUUUUCAAGACUUUGAAGGUGCCUCCAGGGAAGCUGAGCAACCUGAAGAAUAUUCCAGGCCUUCAGAUGUCAGAGAAACAAAUGCUUGAGACAAAUGAGAACUCUCUGGCACAAUUGCAGGAAGAAAUAACUGAAGCUGAGCGUUCAGCAGUUCGCAUUGAGGAAACUCUACAGCAACUGGAGUACAAAAUCCAGGUGCUCAAGAAUGAGUUAGAGAAAGAUGAAAAGGAGGCCGGGAAGGUAUUGCAGGAAAGUGGCAGUGAAGCACUGCACCUUCCAGAACUCCCCAAGCAGAGUUUUCAGGCACCCACUUUGCAGGAAGAAAUUUUGAAGAUAAAGAAUAAAAACAUUCUUGUAAAGGAUAUGAAUGCUAUUCAGCAGUCAGCUGACUUGAAGAAAGUGUUAACCCUCAUUGAAAAGACCUAUGAGAAGGUGGAUUUGCUUUGA